AUGGCCGACUUCACGGGCAUGACGGUCAAAGUGACGCUCAAAGCACCCAGCGGCAUGGUGCUGCAGGGAAGAGUGAAGCACAUCGUUCCGGGGCAGCUGCUCACGCUGCAGAACGUCUACUUUCUUCACAACGGCCAGCAAUGCCCGGAGUACAGUAUUCGCGGCCCCACGAUUGCAGACCUUCAGGUUGUCAACUCAACUAAUCCGUUGCCGCUUUCGAACCCUUUACUUCCUACCCCCGCCGCCGCUGCACCGCCGCAGCUUCCUACUCCUCCCGCUCCUUUGCCGUUUACUCAGCAGAUGACACAGCAUGCAUCGGCUCAGUUACCAUCAGCAACGCCCGCGCGCCGCACGCCUUCUGAUUUCGUCGACCCGGCCAUUCUAAGCUAUGGCCGGUCGCCGGCGCCGUCACAGCCAGCAGCGAGGCCUCCACCACCUUCUGAGCAGCCGGCGACUCCGAUCAAGGCUGUGUUUGCAAAGGCUGCGGAGACUCUGCCUCGAAACCCUUCGUCGCCGUUCAUUGGGUUGGCGGGGAAGAGUGGGGAGGAUGGAGGCAGGCAGGGGCGGCAGAUGGGUGGGAAGCAGCCUGUGAACAAUGAAGGCGAUGCCGGACCAGAAGAGGAGCAGGUUGAUGGGACUGCUGCGAAGAAGAAGGGAAGGCGGGGUCUGAAGAAGAAGCAGCCUGCGGGCAGUAUUCAAGAUCCACCGCCCGUCAUGGACGCCGAAGUCUCUAGGAAUGGCAACGACAUGAAUGGGACGGUGAAGAGGGGGAAGGGAUGGCGACAGACUCCGUUACUUCAGCCGUCGCCUCAGCCAUCGCUUAAUGCUCGACAGAACAGACGACGGAAAGAAGAGCAGCAGAACGGUUGGGCUACGGAAGAUGCGACAGAUAUUCAAGAUCACGGCGACUUUGACUUUGAAGCGUCGAACAACCUCUUCGACAAAGCGCAGGUCUUUUCGGAGCUCCGGCAGGGCGAUACAACCGCCGACGAAGACCGACUGGUGAGCCAUAACAGGAUUCACAGGCCGGGCACGUACGGCGGGAAGAAUUUGCAUCCGACGGAGAAUGUGCUGAGUCCCGUGCUGGCGGCGAUGGACAGCUCGAGCGACGCCGACACAGAGCUGAAUCUCGGGCCCAACGGCCGUUCGAGCUCAAGGCACUCCGUGUCGAGAGCGGCGAUGAGGAAAGGCCCGAGUCGCCAGAACAGUGCGCAGGUCGAUGGUGGCGGGAGGACCGCGCACCCUCUAUCUGCCUCUGUGUCUUCUGAUCGAGGCGGUUUGCCGAGAUCGGGCACUUCGGUGUCUGGCAAAGCGGCCAAAGUCGUCCCUUCUGCUGCCGCCUCCCCGCUCCCCAUACGCGCCAAGUCACCCAUCUCCACCGCUUCUGCUGCCGCGAGAACACAAGCCUCAGCGGUCGCAGAACCGCACUUCAUCAUCAAGUCCACUCAAGCCCCUUGCCCCGUCCUCCACCCCUCCGCCCUGGAAACGCUCGAAGCAGAGACGACCGCCCGCUACGGCCUGACGCCCGAAGCCAUGACCGAAACCGCAGCCCGCGGCAUCGCCGAAACAGCCUUGUCCAUGUUCGCCGAAUCCGGCGCCCGCCGUCCCUCUCGCACCAACACAUCCACCACCACCACCCUCACCUCCACUACCCCUCUCGAACCCCAACACACGCCGGUAAUAGUAAUCAUAGCCGGCAACCACAGCACAAGCGCCCGCGCCCUCGCCGCCGCCCGCCACCUAGCAACCCGCCAAACGCACCUAAUCAUAAUCGAAAACCCCACAACCUCCUCCCUGGCCCCCGAAGCCCAACACCCAGAAACAAAAUCCCAACUCACAACCCUCAAACGCAUGAUAAAAUCCGGCGCAGCCAACAUAAAACGCGGCCCUUGGACCCGCGCCUCAACUCUGAUCAAAAACCUCCCCGCUCCACCAGAUUUAAUCAUCGAUGCUCUGCUCUCUGGCUCCCCCUUCCCCGCCUCUUCAGAACAAGAAGCCACAACGCAAAGAGAAAUCAUCGACUGGGCGAAUCGCUCCCGCGCCCCGGUCCUCUCUCUUACCUGCCCCUCCGGCGUGUCGGGUAUAGACGGCAGCGCGCCGGUGGUGGAAGGCGAGCCGUUGGCUAUUCGGCCUGAGCGGGUGCUGGCUUUUGGGGCGCCGGUGAGGGGCUUGUUGGAUGCUGUGGUGGGGGGUGAGAGGUGGGGUUUGGGGCUGGUGGAUUUGGGGGUGAAUGUGGCUUUACGGAGGGAGGAGGCUGUGCAGUUUGGGAGGGGAUGGGGGGUUGAGGUGGAGGUUGUUGGGGGGGUGUGA